CCAUUGGAUACUCACUCCACCCUCACUCUGUCACACAGACUCCACCAGAAAAGCGCGCGAACCGAAGCGACGAAAUGCCAGAGCUACCGGAGGUGGAGGCGGCGCGGAGGGCCAUAGAGGAAAACUGUCUGGGGAAGAAGAUAACGAAAGCGCUCAUCGCCGAUGACCCCAAAGUCAUCGAGGGAGUCUCUCGCGCUGACUUCGAGGGGUCGCUCGUGGGAAAGACCAUCGUCUCUGCUCACCGCAAGGGCAAGAACUUAUGGCUCCGCCUCGACUCUCCUCCUUUCCCUUCCUUCCAAUUCGGGAUGACGGGUGCUAUAUAUAUUAAAGGGGUCGCGGUCACGAAAUAUAAGAGGUCUGCUGUAAAGGACACUGAUGAGUGGCCUUCCAAGUAUUCCAAGUUAUUUGUUGAACUGGAUGAUGGUCUGGAGUUCUCUUUCACUGACAAGAGGCGAUUUGCUAGAGUCCGCUUGCUCAAAGAUCCAGCAUCUGUGCCCCCCAUAUCUGAGCUUGGGCCUGAUGCUCUCUUGGAGCCUAUGACAGGGGAUGAACUUUUUGAAUCCUUGAGCAAGAAGAAAAUUGCAAUUAAGACUCUAUUGCUUGAUCAGAGUUACAUUUCAGGAAUUGGAAAUUGGGUUGCUGAUGAAGUACUAUACCAAGCAAGAAUUCAUCCAGAGCAAAGUGCUGCCAGCUUGUCGAAAGAAAAUUAUGGAAAUUUGCACAAGAGCAUCAAAGAGGUUAUUGAAUAUGCGGUUCAAAUUGAUGCAGACUCUACCCAGUUUCCCUGUGAAUGGUUGUUUCAUUUUCGGUGGGGCAAAAAGCCCGGAAAAGUUAUCGAAAAAUCACUUGAAGUUGGGGCAGAUAGUAGUCAAUUUCCAAGUAAUUGGAUUUUUCAUUCCCGUGAAAAGAAGCCUGGAAAGGCUUUUGUUGAUGGGAGGAAAAUUGACUUUAUCACGGUUGGUGGCAGGACUACAGCGUAUGUACCAGAGCUUCAGAAGUUAAGUGGACAGCAAGCUGCCAGAGCAGGGAGUAAACAAGCUAACAAGAGAAAAGGGCAUGGUGAUGGUGUCAAGGAUGAUGUUAAUGAAGCAGCGAGUGAUGAAGAAGUUAAUGGAAGUGUGCAGUCAAAGAAAGGGAGGAAGCCUAGAGGUCAAGGUAAUAAGUCAUCAGCUAAAAGAAAAUCUAAAGAGAGUGAUGAUGAAGACAAUGCCAAUGACAGUGAGGACGAUGACGACGAUGACAAUGAUGAUCAUCAUGAUGAAGAUCAAAAGAAUAAAACAAGAAAAGUGACCAAUAAUAAGCAAUCCAAGGUGGAGAAGACAUCAAAGAAAACAGUCCAGACCAGUCAGAAUAGUAAGAAGAAGAAGAAAGCAAAAUAGGUAGCUACCGAGAUAUAUUCAACACCUAUGAUGCGAAGCCCAGCUCUUUUUGGAAGUACGGGAUGAUGGGCGUACAAGCGGAUUCAGUUUUUGUAACUAACUCUACCCAGGGGAUUCAGUUAUUGUAGCUAACUCUACCCAGGGGAUUCAGUUAUUGUAGCUAACUCUAGCCAGUAGUAAGCCUUUUUUUAUCGUGAAAUUGGCCAGUGCUAAUUAUGUGGUUAUAUUAAUGACUUCAAUUAUGUAUUAUAUGCGCAAUUGUUGUUGGAAAUACUCUCUUUGCUUGCA